AUGGCCGCGGUGGCGGGGCCGGGGGUCACCAGGGGAGUGGCGGCCAUCGCCGCACUGUGGGUGACAGCCGUGGGGGCAGCCACGGGUGGAUCCCAGGCGGAUCCCGGGUGGAUCCCAGCGGAUCCUGGGUGGAUCCUGGGUGGAUCCCGGCGGAUCCCGGGCGGAUCCCGGGCGGAUCCCGGGCGGAUCCCGGCGGAUCCCGUGGCUGCCCGCAGGCGCUGGUGCGAGCGGACGGUGCUGGUGACGGAGCAGGAGGAGGUGACGCCGCGGCGCGAGGCCGCGGUGCCGUGCCCCAGUUUGUACCAGUACAGCCUGGCCGGGUGGCGCCUGGACCAGGACCGCACACGCCGGGACCGCGGGAACUCCCCCGGGGACACCGGCACCGAGCCCGGCCUCUGCUACAUCUACCGCCCUCCGGAGAUGCAGCCGGUGGCCCGGAACCGCACGGAGCGCGGCUGCUGUCCCGGCUGGAGCGGCGCCCGCUGCACCGAGGGCCCCGGCUCCCUGGGCCGCUGUUUCAGUGCGUGGCAGUGCCAGGACAGCGCCAGCCACAACGGCAGCGCCAUGAGCCGUGCCGAGUGCUGCCGGCAGCCCUGGGGACACAGCUGGCGCCGCGGGGACAGCGGGGGGCCCUGCCUGCCCUGCACCCGCCUGCCCCUGGGCGGGGACGGGGGCUCCCCGCGCCACCGCGGGCCCCCGGCCGCCUGCCAGGCCUGGGCCGGGUCGCGCCUCCGCACCUUCGACGGGCGCCACUUCGCGGUCACCGGGAACUGCCGGUACAGCCUGGCCACCGCCACCGACGGCACCUGGGACGUCACCAUCGGCCUGGGACACCCCCGGGAGCUGCACAUGACCUUCGGGACAGACACGGUGGUGGCCCAGGGACGGAACGUGUCGGUGAACGGGGCAGCAGUGCCAGAGGGACGCCCCUACCUGCACAAAGGGCUCGGUGUCACCUGGCCGGGUGACUGGGUGGCCGUGGCCAGCAGCCUGGGUGUGCGGGUGGCCUGGGACGGGCACCUGGCAGUGACAGUGACAGUGGAGCCCGAGCUGCGCGGUGGCACCUGGGGGCUCUGUGGCACCUACACCGACGACCCUGCAGAUGACUUCAUGCUCCCUGACGGGGACAUCGCCGCCAUCGCCGCCGCCUUUGGCAGCGCCUGGAAGGUGCCGGUGGCCGGCACAGAGCCCCCGUGCAGGGACGUGCCCGAGGGCGGCACCAGGUGCGGCCCAGGGGAGGUGGCGGCGGCGGUGGCCACGUGCGGGCGGCUGCUGGCCCAGCCCUUCCGGCAGUGCCACGGCGAGGUGGACCCCAGCGGGUUCUAUGCAGCGUGUGUGGCACUGCUGUGCGGGGACGGGGACCCACUGUCACCUCCCGGUGCCCUGCCCUCCCCCGGUGCCCCGCCGCCCGCCGCCUGUGACACGUUCGCCGCCUACGCCCGGGAGUGCUCCCGCCGCCAGCUCGAUGUCCCCUGGCGCCGUCCCGGCUUCUGCGAGCGCCGCUGCGAGGCCGGGCAGCGCUUCUCGGACUGCGUGUCGCUGUGCCCGGUCACCUGUGUCACCGCGGGCAGCGCCGAGCCGGGCCCCUGCCAGCGCCACUGCCACGGCGGCUGCGAGUGCGGCCCGGGGCUGGCCCGGGAUGGGCCGCGCUGCGUCCCCCCGGCCGCCUGCCCCUGCCACCACCGGCGACAGCGCUACGAGCCCGGCCAGAGCAUCCGCCAGCGCUGCAACCGCUGCACGUGCGAGGGUGGCCGCUGGCGCUGCGAGCAGCAGCGGUGCCCGGCCGAGUGCGCGGUGCUGGGGGGACGUCACUUUGUCACCUUCGACCGCCGCCGCUUCUCCCUGCCGGCCACCUGCGCCCACACCCUGGUGGAGGACUUCGUGGCGGGGCGGCUGCUGAUCACAGCCGAGCACGAGCCGUGUGACAGCCACCUGGGCUGUCCCCGCAGCCUCACUGUCACCACCAGCCUCACCACGGCGCGGCUCCACGGCACAGGGGAGGUGACAGUGGCCGGGCGGGAGGUGACGCUGCCCUUCUCCGGUGCCGGGCUGAGCAUCCGCCGCGCGUCCUCGGCCUUCCUGCACCUGCAGCUGCCCGAGGCGCACCUGCUCUGGGGCCUGGGGACCCCCGACACCUUCAUCACCCUCCAGCCCGCCAUGGCCGGCGCGGUGCGGGGGCUCUGCGGGACCUUCAACGGGGACCAGCGCGACGAGUUCACCACGCCGGAGGGGGACGUGGAGCCGGGAGUCGCCGCCUUCGCCAACGCCUUCCGGGCGGCCGGAGCGUGCCCGGCGCUGGCCCCCGGCAUUCCCGAUCCCUGCGACGGCUUCCCCGGGAGCCGGGAGCGCGCCGAGGCCGCCUGCGCCGUGCUCAUGGGGCCGGCCUUCCAGCCGUGUCACCGCGCCGUGGACCCGGAGCCGUUCCUGGAGCUGUGCCUCUGGGAUGUGUGCUCCUGCCGGGAAUGGGAACGGGAACGGGAACGGGAGUGGGAGCGGUGCCUGUGCCCGGCGCUGGGCGCCUACGGCCGGGAAUGUGCCCGGGAGGGAACCGAGCUGGAGUGGAGGAACCAGAGCCUCUGCGACGAGCCGUGUCCCGGGGGGCAGCAGUACCGGGACUGUGGGGGUCCCUGCGGCCGCUCCUGCUCAGAGCCCCCCGGAGCCAGUGCCUGUCCCCCUCCGGACACCCUGUGCGUGCCCGGCUGCCGCUGUCCCCCGGGGCUGUUGCUGGCCCAGGGCGGGCAGUGUGUGCCCCCUGCCGCCUGCCCGUGUCCCCGCGGCGCCCGCCUGUACCCGCCCGGCGCCCGCAUCCACCGCGGCUGCCAGGCCUGUGUGUGCGCGGGGGGCUCGUGGCGCUGCGCCCCCGCCCCGUGUCCGCCCGCCCCGCGCUGUCCCCCGGGGCUGCUGCACUCGCCCGGCUCCUGCCUGCGCCGCUGCGACCCCGCCGAGCCCUCCGGCACCUGCGGCGGCCCCGCCGACGGCUGCGUGUGUCCCCCCGGCACCCUGUUCCUGGGCGGGAGCUGCGUGUCACCGGACCGGUGUCCCUGUCACCACGGCGGGCAGCUGUACCCGCCCAACGCCACCAUCGCCCGCGACUGCAACACCUGCGUGUGCCGGGGACAGCGGUGGCACUGCGGGCGCCAGGAGUGCGCGGGGACCUGCGUGGCCACGGGGGACCCGCACUAUGUCACCUUCGAUGGCCGCGCCUUCACCUUCGCGGGGGACUGCGAGUACCUGCUGGCGCGAGAGGCCACCGGGCUCUUCGCUGUCACCGCCGAGAAUGUCCCCUGCGGGGCCAGCGGCGUCACCUGCACCAAGUCCGUGGUGGUGGCCAUGGGGAACACCGUGGUGCACAUGCUGCGGGGACGAGAGGUGACAGUGAACGGGGUGGCCGUGAGACCCCCCAAGGUGUUCGGGGGCUCGGGGCUGGCGCUGCAGCGCGCGGGGCUCUUCCUGCUGCUCCUCACGCGCCUGGGGCUGGCCGUGCUCUGGGACGGAGGGACCCGCGUGUACGUGCGCGUGUCCCCGCGGCUGCGCGGCCGCCUGGCCGGGCUCUGCGGCAACUUCGACGGCGACGCCGAGAACGAUUUUGGGAGCCGGGACGGGGCCCUCGAGGCCACCCCCGAGAUCUUCGGGGACUCCUGGCGCCUCAGCCCGCUCUGCCCCGAGGCCGACGGCCACCGGCCGCACCCCUGCGAGGAGAGCCCCCAGCGCUCGGCCUGGGCGCGGGCUCGCUGCGGGGUCCUGCGGCACCAGCUCUUCGCCCCCUGCCACGAGCUGGUGCCGCCCCAGCGCUUCUACGAGUGGUGCCUGUUCGACGCCUGCGGGUGUGACAGCGGCGGGGACUGCGAGUGCCUGUGCACGGCCCUGGCCGCCUACGCCGAGGAGUGCGGCCGGCGGGGGAGAGCCCUGCGCUGGCGGAGCCAGGGGCUGUGCCCCCUGCAGUGCGAGGGGGGACAGGAGUACAGCCCCUGCGGCCCCCCCUGCCCCCCGACCUGCCGCGACCUCGGCCGGGACCCCCCCGAGCUCUGCGGGGCCCUGGGGUGCCUCGAGGGCUGUUUCUGCCCCCCCGGGCGGGUCCUGCACGAGGGGCUGUGCGUGGAGCCCCCCGCCUGCCCCUGCUUCUGGGACGGCUUCGCCUUCCCGGCCGGGGCCAGCGUGACCCAGGGCUGCAGCAACUGCACGUGCCUGGCGGGGCGCUGGCAGUGCCCCCCGAGCCCGGCCCCGUGCCCCGCCGCGCCCGGCUGUGCCCCGUGGGAGUUCCGCUGCCGGGCCGGGGAGCUCUGCGUGCCCGGGGCCUGGCUCUGCGACAACGAGGACGACUGCGGGGACGGCUCGGACGAGCUGUGCGACGCCCCCUGCGCCCCGCAGCAGCCCCGCUGCCCCGGCGGGCGCUGCCUGCCCUGGGGGGCGCGGUGCGACGGCGUCACCCACUGCCCCGACGGCUGGGACGAGGCGGGCUGCGCCCCCCGCGCCUGUGCGCCCCCCGAGUUCGCCUGUGCCGGGGGGCGCUGCCUCCCCCCGGCCCGGGUCUGCGACGGGCGGCUCGAUUGUCCCCCCGGGGACCACUCGGACGAGGCGGGCUGCGCCCCCCGGUGCGGCCCGGGGCAGUUCAGGUGCGGGGGGGGCCGCUGUGUCCCCUACCCCCACCGCUGCGACGGCCGCGACGACUGCGGGGACGGCAGCGACGAGAGCGGCUGCGCCUGCCCCGAGGGGCACCUGCCGUGCCCCGGGGGGGGCUGCCAGCCCCCCGCCGCCAUCUGCGACGGCCGCCGCCACUGCGCCGACGGCGCCGACGAGGCCAACUGCCCCGCGCGGGCCACCUGCGCCCCCGGCACCGUCCCCUGCCCCGACGGCUCCUGCGUGGCGGAGGUCGCCGUGUGCGACGGCGCUCGCGACUGUCGCGACGGCUGGGACGAGAGCCCGGCGGGGUGUGCGGUGGCGCUGCCCCCCGCGCCGCUGUCACCUGUCACCGCUGUCACCGCCUCUGUCACCGCUGUCACCGCCGACACCGUCAUCGCGGUCACCAGCGCCAUCGGCACCGUCGCUGUCAGCGACACUGACGCUAUCGCCGACACCACCCCCGACACCGCUACUGUCACCGCCGCUGUCACCGAUGCUGUCACCAACACUGUCAUUGUCACCGCCGCUGUCCCCGGCCCCGCCACCGCCUCGGCAGCGCCCUGCCCGCCCCGGUCCCUGCGCUGCGACAGCGGCGGCUGCGUCCCGCGGGGGUGGCGCUGCGAUGGCGACAGCGACUGUCCCGAUGGCAGCGACGAGGGAGGCUGCGACCCCCCGUGCGCCCCCGGCCACCUGCCCUGCGACCCCCCCUGCGAGCCCGGGCGCGGCCCCUGCGCCCCCGCCUGCGUCCCCCCUCGCCGCCUCUGCGACGGCGUCCCCGACUGUCGCGACAGCACCGACGAGAGCCCCCGGCUGUGCGAGCCCCCCGGCCCCGGGAGCAGCCCGCGGGGUCCCUGCGCCGAGUUCGACUGCGGGGACGGGGAAUGUGUCACCUUCCAGCAGGUGUGUGACGGGCUGCGGGACUGCGCCUCGGCUGGCGACGAGCGGGGCUGCGGCCUCUGGGGGCCCUGGGGUCCCUGGGGGUCCUGCAGCCGCCCCUGCGGGCCCGGGGAGCAGCGCCGCGCCCGGGGCUGUCACCAGCGCCACCCGGGGCUGCUGCGGGGCUGCCGGGGACCCCGCGAGCAGGAGAGACCCUGCUUCCAUCGGGCCUGCCCGGUGGACGGCGCGUGGGGCCCGUGGGGACCCUGGUCCGAGUGCCCGGGGGGCUGCGGGGGGGUCCGGCUGCGCACCAGGGGGUGCCAGCCCCCCCAGAACGGCGGCCGCGCCUGCGAGGAGCUGCGCGGGGGGAGCCCCGGAGCGCUGGAGAUGGCCCCCUGUGCCCCGGGGGGCUGCCCCAACGCCUCGGAGUGCGCGGAGGGGCUGCGCCCCCUGCCCUGCGCCCCCUGCCCCGCCUCCUGCGCCGACCUGGCGGCCGCCGUGCCCUGCCCGCGACCCCCGCCCUGCCGCCCAGGGUGCUGGUGCCCGGCGGGGCAGGUGCUGGAGGCGCCCGAGGGCGGCGCGGGGCCCGCGGGGUGCGUGCGGCCGCGGCAGUGCCCGUGCCGGGCCGGGGGGCGCCGCUACCCCCCGGGCGCCCCGGUGCCGCUCGGGUGCCGCCUGUGCACCUGCCUCGAGGGGCAGCUGCGACACUGCCGCCCGCACCCCGGCUGCUCAGUGGACUGCGGCUGGUCCUCGUGGUCGCCGUGGGGGCCGUGCGCGGGCGGCUGCGGUGCCCCCGGUGUGCAGUGGUCCUUCCGCAGCCCCUCGAGCCCGGCGCGCCGCGGGGCCGGCCGCCACUGCCGCGGCAUCUACCGCAAGGCGCGACGGUGCCACACGGCGCCGUGCCCGCGCUGCCGGGAGCGCGGCCGCUGGCGCGUCCCCGGCGAGCGCUGGCGGGGGGAGCCGUGCCAGGUGUGCCAGUGCCAGCCGGCCGGGACCGUGCGCUGCGUCCCCUACUGUCCCCUCCGCGGAUGUCCCCAGGUGAGGAGGGGCCGCGGGGCGCGGGCCCAGCCGCGGGCGGCGGUGGCGGUGACGCUGUCGCUGUCCCCAGGGCCAGGCGCUGCGGGAAGCCCCACGGCCGGGCCCGAGGGGCCCAGAGGCGCCGAGACACCCCCGGAGCCCCCCAGCGCGGCCGGGGGCACCCCCAGAGCCGCGACCCCGCCCGAGGACACCCCGAGCCCCCCCGAGGGCUCCGCCACCCCCCCCGAGCCGGAGCUGUCCCCAUUGGCUCCCACGGGGGUCCCCGCCGCGACCCCCCCAGGCUGUGCCCCCCCGCCCUGGGGGGGGUGGGGGUCCUGCAGCCGCUCCUGCGGGGUGGGGGUCGCUCUGCGGCGCCGGAGGGAGACCCCGCCCGGGGGGGGCUGCGCCCACCCCCCCGACACCGGCACCGGCAACGGCACCGACACCGACACCGACACCGACACCGACACCGACACCCGCGCCUGCUUCCUGCGAGCCUGCCCAGUCUCGGGCGGGUGGGCGCCCUGGGCUUCCUGGAGCUCCUGCGAGGCCCCGUGCGGGGGGGGGCAGCAGAUUCGCCGCCGCAGCUGCAGCGACCCCCCCCCAAAAAACGGGGGGCGUCCGUGCGAGGGGGGGGCGCUGCAGAGCCGGCCCUGCAACCUGCGGCCCUGCGGGGACCCCCCAGCCUGCCCCCCCCAGACGCUGCUGGUGCCCCCGGGGGGGUGCGAGGAUCUGGGGGUCCCCCCCUGCCCCCCCACCUGCGCGGACCUGAGUGGGAACAGCUCGUGCCCGGGGGGCUGCCAGGAAGGCUGCCGGUGCCGGCCCGGGCUGGUGCUGCAGGGGAGCGGCUGCAUCGAGCCCAGCGCCUGCGGGGUCCCUGCGGGGGUGAUGGGGGACGCCGGGAAUCGGGGCCCCCCUGAAUCCUGCGGGUGGUCGCGCUGGACCCCCUGGACCCGCUGUGACUGCGGCACCGGGACCCGGCAGCGCUUCAGGUCUCCCACCAAUCCCGCGGCCGCGCCGGGCGGUGCCCCCUGCACCGGGACCCCCCGAGAGGUGCGGGGCUGUGCCGAGCUCUGCGGACCCGAGCCCGGGAGCGCGGGAACGCCCGGGGCCACCGGGGCACCCUGGCUGUGGGGGUCCCCACGGCCGCGGGGGGGCACGGAGACCCCAGAGACCCCGGAGAUCCCAGAGACCCCGGAGACUCCAGGGUCCCCAGAGACUCCAGGGUCCCCAGGGUCGCCGUGGGCGCUGGAGCCGGCGUGGGGCACGGAACUGCCUUGGGGCACGGAGCCGCUCUGGGUGCCGGAGCCCCCCGAGCUCGCGGAGGCCACAGAACCCCCGGAGCCCCCGGAACCCCCGGAGGCCCCGGAACCCCCGGAGGCCCCGGAGUCCCCGGACGCCGCGCUGGGCUCGUGGUCGCAGUGGAGCACAGAGUCCCCGGGCGUGCCGGUGUCGCCGUGGAGCGCAGAGUCCCCGCCGGUGCCGGUGCCGGUGUCCCCGUGGAGCGCAGAGUCCCCGCCGAUGCCGGUGUCCCCAUGGAGCGCGGAGCCCGCCCGGGGCCGGUGGUCGCCGUGGGGGCCCUGGGGCGGCUGCAGCGCCCCGUGCGGGGGGGGCGAGCGCUGGCGCCGCCGGGGCUGCGGGACCCCCCCGUGCCCGGGGCCGGCGCUGCAGAGCCAGAGCUGCCACAGCCACGUGUGCCGCGGUGAGUGCCGCCGGACAGACCGACACGGACACACCGACACGGACAGACCGACACGGACAGACCGACACGGACACACCGACACGGACAGACCGACACGGACACACCGACACGGACACACAGACACGGACACACAGACACGGACAGACCGACACGGACACACAGACACGGACACACAGACACGGACACACCGACACGGACACACCGACACGGGAACCCGACACGGACAGACCGACACGGACACACCGACACGGGAACCCGACACGGACACACAGACACGGACAGACCGACACGGACACACAGACAUGGACACACAGACACGGACAGACCGACACGGACACACCGACACGGGAACCCGACACGGACAGACCGACACGGACACACCGACACGGGAACCCGACACGGACACACAGACACGGACAGACCGACACGGACAGACCGACACGGACACACAGACACGGACAGACCGACACGGACACACCGACACGGGAACCCGACACGGACACACAGACACGGACAGACCGACACAGGAACCCGACACGGGAACCCGACACGGACACACAGACACGGACACACAGACACGGACACACAGACACGGACAGACCGACACAGGGACCCCUACAGGGACCCUCAUCCAAAGACCCCAGUACAGAGACCCCGAGACCGGGACCCCGACCCAGAGAUGUCACCCCGAGCCCCCGAAGGCCGGCUGCCCCCCGGGCCGGACGUUCCGUGAGUGCGGGGGGGGCUCGGGGUGUCCCCGGAGCUGCGCCCACCUCGGGGGGGCCGUGGGGUGCGCGGGGGGGUGCCAGGAGGGCUGUCACUGCCCCCCCGGGACCUUCCUGCACCGCCACACCUGCCUGCAGCCCCAGCAGUGCCCCUGCUCGGUGCCGGCCGCGCUGCUGCGGGGGGGCACGCCCGGAACCACCCCCGGGCCCGCCCCCGGGACCGCCCCCGGCCCGGAGCCCUCCGGGAGCCCGCCUGGGGACCCCGCGAUGGCGGAGCUGCCUCCGGGCGGGACCCUGCGCCUGGGCUGCGCCCGCUGCUCGUGCCUGUGGGGCCGCCUGCGCUGCGGCCCCGCCGGGGGCUCCGCCUGCAACGGGACCGCGACACCGACCUGCCCGAGCCCCCCGUGUGCCGGUGGGUACCGGCCCCAAAACCCCCUGCCCUACACCGACCUGCCCGAGCCCCCCGUGUGCCGGUGGCCCCUGCCCUACACCGGGGCGGAUCUCGGCCCCACAGCAGAGCCCGGCCCCACAGCAGAUCUCAGCCCCACAGCGGAUCUCAGCCCCACAGCAGAGCCCGGCCCCACAGCAGAUCUCAGCCCCACAGCGGAUCUCAGCCCCACAGCAGAGCCCGGCCCCAUAUCGGAUCUCGGCCCCACAGCAGAUCUCGGCCCCACAGCAGAUCUCGGCCCCAUAUCGGAUCUCAGCCCCACAGCAGAUCUCGGCCCCACAGCGGAUCUCAGCCCCAUAUCGGAUCUCAGCCCCACAGCAGAGCCCGGCCCCACAGCAGAUCUCAGCCCCACAGCAGAUCUCGGCCCCACAGCGGAUCUCAGCCCCACAGCCGAUCUCAGCCCCACAGCGGAUCUCAGCCCCACACCCGAUCUCAGCCCCACAGCAGAUCUCGGCCCCACACCCGAUCUCAGCCCCAUAUCGGAUCUCGGCCCCACAGCCGAUCUCAGCCCCACAGCCCCAGGGGCCGAGGAGGAGCCCGGGGGGUCCCGGGCGGUCCCGUGGGGGCCGUGGGGGCCGUGGGGGCCCUGCAGCCAGAGCUGCACCCGCCCCGAGAGCCCCGCGAGCCGCAGCCGCCACCGGGACUGCGCGGGAGAGAACUGUGGGGCGGGGGGGGAGUGCCGAGAGCCGGCCCUGCAACCUGCAACACUGCCAAGCUCCCCCCUGUCUCCCCCCUGUGUGACGCCGCCCUGCCCGUGCCGCUGGAGCCCCUGGGGGCCCUGGGGGUCCUGCUCGCGGCCCUGCGGGGGGGGGCAGCAGCGGCGGCUCCGCGCCUUCGCCCCCCCCGGGCCCGGGGAGCCCUGGUGCCCCCAAAUCCUGGGGGGCCACGAGCAGCGCCGGCCGUGCGGGGUGAACGGCGCGUGGUCCCCGUGGGGUCCCUGGUCGCGCUGUGACGUCACGUGCGGGGGGGGCCGCUCCGUGCGCAGCCGCUCCUGCUCCAGACCCCCCCCCAAAAACGGGGGCAGCCCCUGCCCCGGGGGGGCGCACGAGCUGCGGGUCUGCAACCCCCGGGCCUGCGGCCCGCGGUGCCCCCCCGGGCAGACCGAGUCCCCCUGUGCCACGCGGUGCCCGCGGAGCUGCCGGGACCUGCAGGAGGGGGUGUCCUGCGAGGGGGGGGCUCCCUGCGAGCCCGGCUGCCGCUGCCCUCCCGGGACCCUGGAGCAGGACGGGGGCUGUGUCCCCCCCGCGCUGUGCGGGUGCCUGGACUCGGGGGGGCACCUCUGGGUGCCGGGGGGGAGCGGCCCCGCCCGGGGCUGCCGCAACUGCACCUGCGCGGGGGGGCGGCUGCGCUGCGAACCGGGGGCGUGCCCGCCCCCCUCCGCCACCCCCGGGACCCCCCCCGGGACCCCCCCCUGCGCCUGGAGCCGCUGGAGCCAGUGGGGACCCUGCAGUGUCACCUGCGGGGGGGGGCGGCAGGAGCGGUACAGGACCCCCAUCCCCGCCGAGGGCGGGGGCAGACCCUGCGGAGCCCCCCAGGAGCAGGCUCGGGGCUGCGAGGAGGCGCCGUGCCCCCCCCUGUGCCCCGGGGCGGGGGCCGAGCGGGCCCUGGGCGAGCGCUGGAGCCCCGGCCCGUGCCGGCACUGCACCUGCACCCCCGAGGGACCCGAGUGCUGGGACACGCCGUGUGCCGCCGAGCCGUGUGACUGGAGCCCCUGGGGGCCCUGGGAGCCCUGCAGCGGAGACCCCUGUGAGGGGGGGUCCCGCCUGCGCCACCGGCACCCCCUGCACCCCGAGCCCCCCGGGUGGGCGUGUGCGGGGGUCCGCACCCAGAGCGAGAGCUGCAGCUCCAGCGCCUGCCCCGAGCCCCGCUGCGGCGAGAGGGGCCGGAGCCGCAGCCCCUGCGCCGGGCGCUGCCCCCGGAGCUGCGCGGACACCUGGGCGCCGGUGCAGUGUCUGCAGGGACCGUGCGAGACAGGGUGCCGGUGCCCCCCCGGGCAGCUGCUGCAGGACGGGCUCUGCGUUCCCCUGAGCCGCUGCCGCUGCGGGACCCCCGGCGGGGACAGCGGGAGCCGCGAGGUGGCCCCGGGGACCGUGACCCGCAUCGGGUGCCACAACUGCACCUGCGAGAACGGGACCCUGACCUGCCCAGCGCUGCCGUGUCCCUCUCCGGAGCCCGCCACGCCCGCCAUCCCCGUGUCCCCCCUGUCCCCGCUGUCCCCCUUGCCCCCUCUCUCCGCCCCGCUCUCCCUCUCUCCCGAGCCCCCCCUGUCCCCCGCCGUGUCCCCCUGGUCCCCCUGGUCCCGCUGCUCCCGCAGCUGCGGCGGCGGCACCCGGAGGCGGCAGCGGCAGUGCCGGGAGCGCCCCGGGCCGGGGCCGCCGUGCGGGGAGAGCCCCGGGGAGGAGACGGCGGCGUGUAACGCCCAGGCGUGCCCCGUGCCGUUCCCGGUGGCCCCAAGCUGCCCCCCGGGUGAGGUGUGGCUGGACCCCGGCCCCGCCUGCGAGCGCAGCUGCCAGGACCUGGCGGGGCCCCCCGGGACCUGCGGAGGGACCCCCGCGACCCCGGACAGCUCCGGCACCCCCGCGACCCUCGGGACCGCCGUGACCCCGGACAGCUCCGGCACCCCCGGGGUCCCCACGACCCCCGGCACCCCCGCGACCCUCGGGACCGCCUCGCCCCCCCCGCGCUGCACCUGCGCCCCCGGGCGGUACCGGAACGGCUCCGGGCAGUGCGUGAGCGCGGGGAGCUGCGGCUGCCGGUACCGCGGGGCGCUGCGAGCGGUGAGCGGGGCGGGGGGCGCGGGGCGGGGCUCCCUGAGCCGCGUCUGGGGGUCCCUGAGCAACGCUGGGGUCCCUGCCCCGCCGCAGGCCGGCAGCGAGUGGCAGGAGCCGUGCGGGACCUGUCGCUGCUCCGAGGGACGCGUCACCUGCGCCACCUCCUGCCCCGCGCUCACCUGCCCCGAGGGCACGGAGCCGGUGCGGGAGCCCGGGAGCUGCUGCCCCGUGUGCCGGGACGAGUGGCCAGAGGAGCCCCCCGGGCCGUGCCGGCUCCUCACGGCGCUCCGGACCAUCGCCAAGGGCGCGUGUGUCCUGCGGGGCGUCCGUGUCACCUACUGCGCGGGGGCGUGCCGCUCCCGCACCGCCGUCAGCGCCCAGGAGCCGUACGUGCGGUCUCUGUGCGAGUGCUGCAGUUACCGGCUGGACCCGGCCCGGCCCGUGCGGGCCCUGCUGCUGCCGUGCCCCCGGGGCCGCCCCCGGCCCGCGCUGCUGCCCCGCAUCGCCCAGUGCCGCUGCGAGCCCUGCCGGGGCGGGGACUUCAGCCGGCGCUGA